UUGUUUCUUGCUGAGAGCAAAACCACACAGCCAGCAAAGUGCCCAGCACAGAGGAAGGAGGUGGGUUCGACUGCUGCAUCACUGUGCGCUACAAUGGGGCCAACAUCUCAUCUGAUCCUGCUGAUGUUGCUGCUGUGCUGCACAACAAACCAAGCCUCUCUGACUGUGAGACCGAGCAGCUCUCAGUUUUUCGACUGGACGUCUGUCUCUCUGAGCUGUGAGGAGGACGACAGCUCUGCUAGAUGGACGCUGAGGAGGAACACAACCAGAGAAACCAGGACUCAGUGUGGAGCUGACUGGGGAAGAUCAGCUGGUUCUUCCUGUAACAUCAGCUACAUCGUCCCGUUUGACAGUGGAGUUUACUGGUGUGAGUCCAGAGAGGGAGCAACCAGUAACACCAUCAACAUCACUGUCACUGGUGGAUCACUGAUCCUGCAGAGUCCUGUCCUCCCUGUGAUGGAGGGACAUGAUGCCACUAAGUACUGUAAAAAAGAGACCCCUCCCUCCAACCUCCCAGCUGGUUUCCAGCAUGUUUCCAAGUCUGAUGAAAGCCUCUACAAGUGUGAAAUCAGCCAUCAUGGAAAGCUUCAAACCAACUCUCUCAAAGAGGUGAAAACCGUGAAACCUGGAGAUAAUGUCACUCUGCCAUGUCAGGCUGCUGAUGCCUCCAUCAGAGCUGCAGAGUGGACCAGACCUGACCUGGAGCCACCAGAGUACGUCCUCUUUUACAGAGACGGACGCUCAGAUCCAACCUACCAGCAUCCAUCGUUUAAGGACCGGGUGCAGCUGGUGGACAGAGAGCUGAAGGACGGAGAUGUGUCUUUAGUUUUAAAGAACGUGAGCAGCAACGACACUGGAACAUACGAGUGUCGAGUUGCAACAAGUGGAUCGAGACAAAAGAGAGCCAAUAUUAAGACUGAGCCAAUCAGAAUCUACCAGCUGGAGGUUUCAGGGUCCAACAGCGGAGACGUCGAGGAGGGAAACUACAGACAUUACUAUGGACUGGGAGCAGCUUUUGUUCUGGUUUGUUUAGCUGCUGUUGGAUUGGCUGUUGUCUUGAAAUAUAAAAGACAAGAAACCAGAACAGCCUGCUGAUGAUGAAGCUGUGAACGAUCCGUUCUUCUGACUUGUCACAGAUCCCUUUCCACCACAUUUCAUAUAUUCAACAUGAUUUUGAUUCUUUCUGUGGGUGUGAAUGUGUUAAUCUGGCAUUUGAGGGUUUUCCACCAUGAUGGUCUGGCUCAUCAGUGCAAACAAAUAUUUUUUUCUGUUCAUAGAUUGCUACCUUUCUUACCAGAAAAGAGCCAAAACUCUGACAAUGAAACAAAACUGCCUGACAGUAAACAAAAAGAGCUGUGGACACUGCAGCAGGUGCAACACGCUUCAUUAAGCUCCAUUUAAUAAGCUGCUACUUCAACAGCAGAAUAAAGCAUUAAUAAGGCAGCACAGAGAUCUAGAGACAAUAUAAACUCCACAGCAGCUGCAGGAUGUAUAAAACAUAAUUAGGUACAUGUAAAAUUAUAGAUUUUUAAAAUAGUAAUCAAAGAGCAGACUGUAAAACGACUUUGACACAGUAAAGAGAGUAAAUGUCAUUGGUGGCUUCCAGCCCCAACCUCAGCACUGAUGGAUCACAGAGACCUUCAUGAACAGACGACUCUAGAAAAUUGAAAACAAAACUAGGCCAGGACCUCAUUUGACAUUAAGAAUAGACCUGUGGUCAAAGCACCCGAUGCAACUCAGAGCCACAGUCUCAAAUCUGCGGAGAAUCUACAGACGGGAUCAUCACUAAAUAGGACAGCUGGUUUAAGUACCUACUGAUUUAUUUCUACUGUUGUACAAUUAUUUUACAAGUAAAGUAUUUAAAACUUCAUAAGCAUUUCAACCUUAAUGCAAUGCAUGCUGGGAACUGAGUAAUGAAGUAAAUGAUCAUUUGGAAAUUUAGUCAUUGAAAUUUAUUACGACACACCAUAUAAACAUGAAACUGAAAAAACUGAGUUAAUAAAAGAAAUAUUGACUAAAAAUAACUUAUCCUUUCCUCUGGUUUCUCUAUAAUAGGGCUGUCCUCGAUGAAGGAUUUAUAUAUUUGAAUCAGAAUUGUUGAGUCUUGCCUAUAGUUGUCUGAUGGUCGAGUCAUGUGUAUGUUUUUGCACAGACAUUGUGUGCGGGGGUGGGGGGUUAACACAAGGAAGCUCUGCUUUCAUCCGGAGAAGCUGCAGAGCUGCAGUCUCUAUUCACGAGUGUCUGCUGUAACUUACACUGUACAUUUCCAGCUAAACUGAGACUUAUUGUUUGCCCGUUUUCCUCUGCUCGCCAUUCACCGGUCUUGUGCAGAGUUUUGCAUGGAUGCCCUGCAGCCGACAGCUGCGUGCACGUCGCGGCUCCUCGCUUCAUCUAUUUCAAUUCAUCCUAUUUAAAAACUAUAUAAUAUUCUUUGUGUGGUUCAUCAAUGGUGAUGAAUGAUUCGAAUGUCCUGCCAGGUGCGGGCAAUUCGGCACAACACCGGUGAAGUUUAGGCUCUGUCUCUACAGCAAGUUCCUCUUCUGCCACUACACACUCUCACACCCAUAGACACUACCUCCACACAUGCGCACUGACCCCCGAUUUUUAAGGGUUCUGGUUCCAAUUUAGGAUUUAUUCACACACUAAACAUUUAUUUAAACCCUUUUAUCUUUUGAAAUGUUUAUUUACAGCAUUAUAUGUUGAAAUUUAUAUUGCAAUAGGCUGUAUAUCAACUUAGGUUGUCUAAAUAUUUAACUUUUAAAGCUGUUGAAGUUGUUUUUCUAUUUUUAUAUUGUAUAUAAAUGUAUAUUGAAAACUAGCAGGUUCUGUUUUGUGUGAGUUGAUGGUUUCUUGUAACUCCAUUGCAUUAGGUAAAAUUUCAUGAAGAUCUUUUUGUGUUCUAACUGUGACUUUCUGUUUCUGUCAAUCUAAAAGUAACAAUAAACUGUAUGUGAAGCCUGA